ACUGACAUUUCUACCUUCUUAGUCUGGGAAACCACCCGAUAGAAAUUGAUAAAUAUUCUCUUUUUCAUCCAUUCUCCAUUCUUGCCACGUGGAUGCUUCUUGAAAGGACAACGGUCACUCUCAGCUGGCGCGGCUCUUCAUUUUACAGAGACACUUCUUCAAAAGCAAACAGAAAAGGGAUCCUUUUAAAAAUGGCAACUUGGGUAUAUAUGCAUUCUUUCAACUUUGUCCCCUCCAGGUUUUCCAUUUUCCUAGUGUCUGCGGAUUGCGUGCAAGAAUUUCCAGUUAGAUAAUCCAUCGAAGCUGUAAUAAAGCUACAACCUUGAACUUCAGUCUAGCUAUCGAACAACAGAGAGAACCUCGGCCUGCCAUGGACCUGAUCAGGAGUAACAGGGAAACUAUGUUCUUGAUGAAUCUCCCAUCCCAUCUUAUACUCGAAAUCCUGUCGAGACUUCCUGCCAAGACCAUCAUCCAAUGCAGGUGCGUCUGCCAGCUGUGGCUCCGCCUCAUCGACAACCACCACUUCGCCGCCGUGAAUUUCUCCAGGGCCCGCCCCGGCCUGGUGGUCCACCAAUCCGACCUCUUCAAAAGCUUCGCCAGGUUAGUCGAUUUUGACGAUGAUGACUCCCAGGAUCAUCUUCCUCGCAACACAAUGCUCAAAUUCAAUCUCAACGCCGUCAGCACAUUCCCCGACGCCAGCAUCGCCAUUGACGGAUCAGUAAACGGAUUCCUCCUCCUCCGCGACGUCAAUUACGCGCACGAAACGCUCUACGUAUGCAACCCCCUCAACCGUGAAUACAUCGUGCUUCCCGUGGCCCGCAGGUCUGUCAGGUAUCCUUCCGUGGUCACUCACGGAUUCGGCCUGACUUCCGCAGGCAAUGAAUACAAAAUCGUCAGGGUUUUCCAUGAACGAGAGCUCGAUCCCAUCACAGGUUCCUGCUUAAGAAUCCCCUUCUCGGAAUGUCAAGUUUACAGCCUCAACACCGGCACAUGGAGAACCAUCGGCGACGCCCCUUUCGGGUACGAUAGUCGCUCUCUGGGCUUCUUUUUCCAGGGCAAUAUUCACUGGCUGAUACAAGAUUUUGUAGGCAAUGAACUCAUAUCUUGCUUUGAUCUUGAAAAUGAAGUUUUCCAUCCAUUCGCUCCACCCUUUCCGGGGAGAAAGAUUCUGGGGAGUUUAGGGAAUCUAAAAGGGUGUUUGUGCUUAUGCGACAAUAGUUCCGAAUCUGUAAUUGAGAUUUGGGUGAUGAAAGAAUAUGGAGUGGAGAAUUCAUGGUGCAAGGAAAUUGUGGUGAAGAAGAUGCCAGAGCUAGUUGGGCCUUCAUUUCAGAUUGUCCAUGUUUUCAGAGUGUUCAGGGAUGGGAAAAUCCUGCUGCUUUGGGGCGAUUUCUUUAUGCUGUAUUGCUGCACCAAGAGUGGCGAUGCAAGAGAAGUAGACAUGGCUCAACCCAGUGGCCCCAACAGCAUUGAGGCAAUGCAUUAUGUCCCAAAUUUCCAGAGUCUUGGAAGCAUUGCUGGGCUGGAGACUACUGUGAACAGUUUGUUUUGAUAAAUUAUGUAGUGAUGCGUGCAAGCCUAGCCUUUUGUUUCUUGUAAUUUAAAUUACUCAAUGACCUGUUGCUUGUAUUAUAAUGGAACCAAAUAUGUGACCCACCCGUCUAUGUGGAAUAAUAGUUUAUGUUGUUUUCAUACA